AUGGCGGCGAUAAUAAGGUUUUUCUCGCGUAGGUGGUGGAAACGGGAACCAAAGCCAGAGCACAGUGGUGUUUCAGAAAUGGCUAGACAUUCCAUUGAUGGCACUAAACAGAAACCUUCAGAUAACGAAUGUGUAGUAGAAUACAUUGAUGGGAGUUGUACGACAUUUUUUAUUCCAAAAAAUUCUGAAGGAUCUAUGUUGAUCGAAUUAGCUUUUGCAUUUAUUGGGCUCAAUGAUGAGCGGGAAUAUUUCUCUCUUCGUUUUGAUGACAAAUUAAAGUCUUGGGUUGACCCGACAAAACAAAUCCGGAAACAGUCUCGAGUUGGCCCUCCUUACAGAUUUCACAUGUGUGUAAAAUUUUUCUCUGUCGAACCUCAAAAACUUCGAGAUGAAUACACACGCUAUCUAUUCGUUCUUCAGCUGCGAAAGCAGUUGGAGAAAGGAACUUUACAAUGUCCAGACGACCAAGUUGCAGCGGAACUUGCGGCCUAUUUACUUCAAGGUGAAUUCGGACCUUUUGACCCCCGUCAGCAUACUCCAGUUUUUGUGUCAACGUUACCAUUCUACCCACCUGAUCGUCAGACGGAAACUCUAGAACUUGCUAUCCUCCAUGAAUACAAAAAAACUCGGGAAUGGACUCCUGAAGAUGCGGAUAGGAUGUUCUUAGACCGUGUACGAUUUUUGCCGAAUUACGGAGUCGACAUGCAUGUGGUGAAGGGUAAAGAUGAUGAGAAUUAUACUCUUGGACUCACUCCCACUGGAAUCUUAGUAUAUGAAGAUGACAAGAAAAUUGGUUUAUUUGUGUGGUCUAUGAUUUUGAAGUUGGACAUGCAUGGAAAGAAGCUGAAACUUGUUGUUGCAGAGGAGAAUGAGGAAGUAAUGGAACACACCUUCGUCUUCGUUCUCCCCGACGUGAGGGCCUGCAAGCACCUGUGGAAGUGUGCCGUGGAACACCACGCCUUCUUCCGCCUCAAGGGCAACCCGAAGCCGCCUUCGAAGCUGCAGCAGUUCUUUCGGUUGAAGUCGCGUUUCUACGCCAGCUUUCGGACGGAGCACCAGCUGGCGCAGGAGAGCAGCUUCGGCAGCAGCUCCUUCCGGCGACGGAACGCGUCGUCGGGCCAGUCACUGCGCUCGGACGCCAGCGCCCAGGCCCUCAGCCGCUCCAACACCGCGCCCUCGGGCGUGAAGAACAGAACGAGCUUCAAACGCGUCUCCACCAGACGCAUCUCGGCGCGGCCGAGUUUCGUCGGCCGACAACCUGCUCCGCGCUCCUCCUUCGCACCCCCGCCGCCGCCGCCGCCCACCUCAACUGUCGAUGGAAACACCAAACCUCCAGUUAGGAGGGUGAAGCCUGUUGUUGAGGACCACCGUUCUAAGAGCCCUCUCAGCAUGCCAAAAGGAUAG